UGCUGGGGUUUUUUUUGCAGGUGAGCAUAUUUAGAGUAUUGAAUAAAUGGUAACUAAAUAAUUAUUUGUCAUAUGUCUAAUUUGCUGGGUAUGUAAUUGGUGCAUUAUUUUUCCAUAACAAACUCCCACAUUUUUUAAGCCAUUUCUCUAGUUUUGGACUAUUUUUCGUCUCCCAGAGAGAGGCUAUCAGUAGCCUAGCAGCUACAAGAUUCCUUCAUUUCUCUUUGGUUGACCCUUUCUGUCAGGUUUUACACUUUUCUAGGGGUAGGGAUUUGGGGGAUGGGGUGGGGAGGUGGAAGCUGGUUGGUCACGGCUUUUAAAAACAAACAUUUCCCAGCCUUUAGUGUUUGGGUGAGGGACACACAAACGCAAAGUCAGACGAUGCCUGGUGUUUCCUUGUACAAAGUACAAGCCAUGCUGCCUGUCAGCUCCUACCCGUCCCCAGGCUACAGGCACCGCGCCUUCUUGGGGCUAAGGAUACCAGGAAGAGAAAGUAAAAGCGAAACAACGUCCCUUUGCCAGCCAGACUGACAGAGCUCAGAUCCGGGGCAGACCGAGCAGAGCGAUCACCGCCCCCUGGCUGGAUCGGCCGCGGGCCAUGACGGGAGCAGGGGGCUUCGCUGGGCAGCGGUGCCUGCCGCUCCUGGCGCUCGGCGGCCUGCUCCAGCUGGCAGAAACUCUUCAAGUGCUGAUGGGAAGCACGCCACAAAUAGUGUUACUGAAUGAUAACAUCUCCAUACCAUGCAUGAUCUCUGGGUACAGUACAGAAGAACUGGAUAUCAAGGAUGUGGGAGUUACUUGGUAUCUUAAGACUCCGAGAGCAGACCAAAAAGAGGAAGUAUUCACAUUUCUCACAGGAGACCAUAUUCCCCAUAGAAAUGGAGCCAGUAUGUCUGACAGUGACCUGAGAAGAGGAAAUGCUGCACUCUCUCUACCACAGAUACAGUUUAAGGAAGCAGGAACAUAUACCUGCCAAGUUACUGUCACCCCUUUUGGUGCUCAGGGAACAGCUGUUUUAGAGGUAGUUGCUCAACCAACUGUCAGCCUGUCUCCAAAAGAAGUUACAAUAGAAAGUGACAAGGAGAAGACUCUGUCAUGUGAAGUCAAUAAGUUCUAUCCAAAUUUGGUUGACAUUAAGUGGAUGAUGAUUUCAAAGAAUAAUCAGGACAGUAGCGUAGCAGCAGAGGAUAUUUGCACAGGAGCCUCUGUAGAAAAUGAAGAUGGCACAUUUAAUGUCACUAGUAAAUUAAGGCUGCAACCGUCUUUGCAGGAUAAUGGAAAUGUCUAUAGAUGUAUUGUGAGUCACAAAACAUUUCCUGCCGAGUUACUUCUCAAUAGCACCUUGACUGUCACAGCCCCCAGAUCCGAUUCAAGCAUUUUAAUUGGAGUGGUCGCUGGAACAAUAAUACCCUGUAUUAUUGUGCUUGGUUUGGGAGUUUUCGUGUACGAUAAGUGUUUUAAGAAAAUUCCACCAACAAUAAUUGCAUUCAUAGGGAAUGUGGAAAUGAAGCAUUUAGAAGACACUUCAUUGUAUUGUCAAUUUUCUGGCUUUCGUCCAAAACCUAUAACUGUAGAUUUUUUUCUGAAAAAGUAUCAACAAGAACAAAAGGAGAGAAUUUACUAUUGGAACAGUGAAAAGGAUGUUAUCCAACGAGAUGAGGAAAGUGCUGCUCUCCUGUCUACAUCAAAGAAUUUUCAGUUUCAGAUAUAUUUGAAGUCACUAGAUAAUGGCACUUUUGAAGUUCCAUGCAUCAUUCGUGUAUCUCCAAAUGUUCAUGAGCUAAACAAGGCAGAACUUUCUCUUGAAAUUAUGCACAAGGCCCUUCAGCAACGUCCUGCUAUGGCAAUAACAGAAUUGAAGGUCAUAGCUGUGCCAGUGUUGGAUCCAAUUCUGUGUUCUACAGAUGUGCCGAGACCAGAUGAGCCUAUAACUUUGACUUGCAGAAUUCAUUCAUUUUUCCCUGAAACAAUUGAAUUGGCUUGGUAUAAAGAUGAUGUUCAAGUGCCAGACAAACCCUUUAUUAGUGAUGUGACAAGUGGACCAGAUGGACUUUUCUUCUGCACCAGUAGCUUAAUAUUGCAUCUUGGAGUUGAGGACAUUGGAAGGAGAUUCAUAUGCAAAGCUAAACUUAAAGGCUCACACCAAUAUAAAAAAUCUUUUUGGAAGCUGGAAAAUUUGAUAUUUACUCCAAAAGUCUCAAAUAUUGUAUGUGAGCCCAGUACCCCUGAGAGUGGGGAGGGCGUCACAUUAUCUUGCCAGGUGACAGAUUACCACCCAGCACAGUGUCAGGUGCGCUGGCUGAGAGGCUUUGAAGAGCUCACCAAGGCUGCAAUUAAAACCCAGGACCCUCAGCUUGAUAAUGCAACAAAUCUGUACCACAGAGAAAGCCAAGUGACAUUUACACCUGAACCUGAGGACCAUGCAGUAGAGUUCACUAUUGAAGUCAUCCAUUGCAACAGAACUACAAAGAAGUCCUAUCCCCUCAUGUUAAAAGGUUUCCCAAGAAUUACAAGUAUUGUUCUUAGUCCAAAUAAUGCAGAGUAUGGAAAACCCCUUUCUCUGACCUGCAAAAUUAUGGAUUUCUAUCCCAAUGCUAUUCAAGUCCGGUGGUUCCAGGAGAACGAUGAAAUCAAGAAGGGUUCAUCAGUACAAGAGCCAAAGCAGGAUACAAGGGGCCUUUUCUGCACAUCUUCUGCUCUUCAGCUAAUACCUUCUGCUCAAGAUUAUGGCAGAAAGAUUGGUGUAAUGGUGAUGCACAAGACUCUGACAAAGCCCAUUACAAAAAAUGUGUAUCUAAAACUCCCAGCAAAGUCUCCUGCUGUUUCUGAGAUUAGAGCAACACCUGCAUCACCCAAGGUCAACGAGACUGUCUGUCUUGAAGUUUCCAUAUCAGAUUUUGUGCCGAAAAAUAUAAAAGUUGCAUGGUAUAAAGACUGGUUAGAGUUACCUAAGGACAACCAUAACAUAGAUACUCAAAUUGGAAAAAAUGGUUUAUGUUUCUCUACAUUGAAAACACAAUUUACUACUAAUGCAUCUGAUAAUGGAAAAAUGUUCAGAUGUGAGGUUAUUCAUCCAGAAACAAACUCCUGCACAGAAAAAAGGUUUAUAUUGAAACUUGAUGAUUUUUCUACCAGCACUGGAGAUAUAUCCACUCUGACUGGAUAUCAGGACCACACAUUGAGCCCUAGACCCAUCAAUCAAGAGAUUAACACCCUGAAGAUAGAGUGUAUUACUAGCAACCCAAAGGCUCGUGAGGCUGUGACACUUUGCUGUUUUGUACGUGGAUGGACUACAGAGAGUACCUAUGUUUCUUGGUUUAAGGGAAAAUACCCCAUUGAAGAUGGAAUAGAGAACACAGACUGUGAAGAUGAGUUUGGUUUUAUUACUUCUGUAACUUUUAAACCUGAAGAACAGGACAAAGAAUGCAAGAUCAGAUGUGAGGUUUCUACCGAAGAGGACUCCUUUGAGAAUUCAUAUAUUUUAAAACUUGCAUAAUUUCCCUUCAAUGAAGAAUAUAGCCAUCAAACAGCAACUCCAUUUCAGUGCUUCAAGGGUUCCGUGAACAGUUACCUCAUUUUAAAAAAAAGCAUCUUUCAGGAAUUAAAACUUUAUCAACAUAUACAAAUACGCUACUCAGGAGAACCAGGGUUUGAGAAAAUAUGGACUGUUUUGGGACCCAAGUUCUUCUGCAGGACUGAAGUUGUCUAGACCCCUUUUUCCCCAUCUCAAGUAUUUUUAACUUUGAUUUCUUGGUCAGAGACUGUAAUUAUCCUAUGAUAAAAGAACAAAGGAAAAUGGUUUUAACACCAGCAGAAUGAAUCUUUAAUUAAAAUGCAUAUUCACCAAGACUUGGAAAAAUUAUGAAAUAUUUUUUAAACUUUAUUAAUAUCUUGGAAGGUUUUUAUUGUAGCAAUAGGGAAACAUAGUGUGGGAGUGAAUUUGAAGGAAAUCUCUUGGCUAUAACUGAAGGGCAACUACUUCUAUGUUCAUUCCAGCAUAAAGAUACUUUCAAUGUAUGAUGUAAAUUACCCAGAAAGAGAGGUGUAAACUUCCACAAAUUCUUGAAAAUAUUCCUUUAUAUUGUCUUAAAAUAGAGAAGGUGUUGAUACUAUAUUUGAAGAAGUUAAGGAACUCUGGUAAUGUGUUUGUGACUUGAUUUUUAAUGGUGCCGAGCACACACUACUUUCAUUGAUUUCUGUCCUGAAUUUAACGGGUGAGCAAGAUUGGAAAUCAGUCUUUUUAAAGAUUUUGUAUAUUGUAUUUUGUACACCUCAUGUAUUCUGCAGUUCCAUCUUCCACAGUUCAGACACACAGUUAGUGGUGGCAGUUCAGUUUUGUAAGUUGGCCACUCACCCUUGACUUGUGCAGCCCGCUAGGACUCCUGCCAUCAGGGCAACAGUCAAUGGCAGUUUGCUUUGCCUGUGACCAUGUCUUUGCUAACUUUAAUUUUUAAAACAUACUGGCUCAGCAGAUGAUUUGUCAGUAACUCAGACUAAUGUCUGAAAGUUUUCAGAUCUUAUCUGUAGAGGAGUUUUAAUGUAUUGAAAAGCAUACAUUGCAUAUUGCACUUGAAAUGGUUGGAUCCACACAAUACAACAUGUAGAUUAAAUGAAUUCCUAAAUGUAGUUCAUUAAGACAUUAAGCACUAUAACCUAAAUAGACAUCUUCAUGGAACUUUUGUUUUUUGUCACAAAUAUUGCUGCCUGGUCUUGCAUUAUUCAAUUCCACUUAAUAUUAAUAAUCAUUGUUAGAGCCUUUCUUUAAAUGAUGAUAGCAUUUGUGUUUUAAAAAUGUUAACAUAUCAGAAAAUUAUUGUAUUCUUUGCAACCCCCUAAAUUAAAACAGCCUGCUAUAUGCUAGACUUGUUUUCUAAGAAAAAGCAUCAUUCAAUCAGGAUAAAUCAAUAC